ACCAAAUAACAAAUUAAAUAUUUGGAAGUUAAAACUUUCGAAAACAUUAAAUAUCAGAAUAAAUUAUGUCGACCGAUGAUUUAUUGUACAAGCCGGUAAUAACUCGAGAAAUGGUUCAAAUUUUACCCAGUGUUGCAGUGAAUACAAUAACAUUGCCAGAUAUCGUAGGGGCUGACCUAAAACAAGAGGUUAAAACUGAUGAAACAAUAGAGUCCGAAGGACGUGAACAGGAGCAGUCCGAGAUGGAAGCUGAGUUAGAAGAUGAGGACCAACCAGAGGAGUCUGAAAAUGUCGAUGAAAAGUACGCCUGGAAUGCACCAUGCAUGAUGGUUAUUUUCUCGGAUGGCGAUCUCAAUUGUGCGCUUCAUUAUCUUGUAGAAUCUCUGCAGGAUCCUUUUGCCCUGGAUGCGGUGGCAGUACUUUUGGUACAGGAAAGUCUAAUGGAAGAACUCGAAUGUCGAGUGGUGACUCUAAUGAAACCCUUGGAUAGCAGGGUGUCAAAUCAUCCUUGCUACAAACGUUCUCUUCUCAAGAUUGCUGAACUGAAACCGAAAACAAUAGUAGGUCCCUCUGAUAUGAUAAUGCCCGAUGCCACGCCCAUUUUGGUGCGGGAUAUUCCACAUAAAUUUUUGGGCGAAGGACCCACUGGCAUUAUUACCAUGCACAUCUUUCGUACCCCCUUUGAGGCCACUCGGAUCUAUCGAAAGGAAUAUCCCCUGCCCAUCGCAUCGGUUAGCAUUUGGAACGAAAGGGUGUCCAGCGUCUAUGAAGUGGUGGGCAUGAUGAAUGUCUUCGAUACUUUUAAGGUCAACUGUUUUAGGGUCGACAUGGAGCCCAUCAAACGGGCAUUCGAGUUGCGCAAAUAUAGUGCCUGUAUGAAACGGGGGUAUCACUAUGAAACGCUGCUCAUAAAUGGCCAUCGCAAAAUCAUCAUCUUUCCGGUGGGAACUAUUUUUGGUAACUGAAGUGUAAACUAAAUAAAGCAAAUGCUUAGAUUUAA